AGCACAUUUAAAACCAAACUGCCCAUGCAUUUAGAUCUAAUGGGGAACAUUUCGGAACAUUGAGACGUCGGCAUAAUGAGGCCGGGGCCAACGUCAUCUAGCUGGCUUAUUACAUAGGUAACACAUAAUGAUGCUGCUCGCUAGAGAAGCGACCACAACCCACAAAAUUUGAGAGACACUAUCAAAAGCUUCAUAACUUACCUGUGUUUUCGAUAAUAACACGCCACUCAUUUGCUGUUGUUUAUGUUUUUGAUUCCGUGGUCAUGUAAAAAAGACGGUUGAUGACCAAUGCAAUCGAGUGACAAGUCACCGUCACCGAGCCGCACGUGCGGGGACGAAUCAAAUCAUGGAUCUAUCCCAUUGGCUAGCUAGCCCGAACAGCCUUAUUCUCAUUGGCUGUAAGAGCUGUAGAUGGAAUCGGAUUGAGUUAUUAGGGUGUGCGGCGCGCACUUUGUGCAGAGAUGCGUUCAGGGAACGGAGUGUACUUCAGGGAAAACCUAAGCGUUCUACUACCCAUGGAAAUAUUGAAUUGCUAUAUCCCAAUCCCAGCGAUUUAUUGGGGGGGACAUUUUGGGCAUAUCUGAACAUUGGGGGGGACUUGUACCCCCCAAUGUAUAUGGCCGCUACGCCUAUGCAUUGUGGUACGCGGAAAAUUCCUUUUCCCUCCUUUCUUUGCCUGUUGAGAACAGGACGGACGGUUUGGGUUUUUUUUUUUUAAAGAAAAAUUAAAAAAGACCGUUAACCACGUAAAUGUGCGCCAAUUUUAAAUUGGGCUCCUCCCAUUGGCAGUCAGGUAGGAAGGCGGGAACAUGGGCGGGAAGUGCACUGCUGCUGCGCCUGCGCGACCACACAGUCAAUCAACACUCAGCGAGAGCGGGAAGAGGCUCUCUGAGUUAGCUCAUUAGAGCUAACAUGGCGAAACGUCGUGGACCGUAUAAAAGAUAUUUGGAGGAUUACACUGCAGAGAUCCCAAGGACUACGAAACACAGAUGGAGAGUAAAAGACAGUGGAGAACUACAGGAUAACACAGACGAUCUCAUGAGUCAGCCCAGUGCUUCCCACAGAGAAGGUAGAGAUGAUGUCAACAGCAGAAGCUCCUCCACAUCUAGGCUUUUAGAUACUGCCCUUCAACAGACUGCCAAUCAUGAUGAUGACAUCAGCACAGAUGGUCACAUGAGUAACACUUCAACCAAUGGAGAGAAAUAAAUCAACAAUUCCAGCUGUGAAGAUGAACUCAGUAAUGAGAACUCCUCCACAACCAGCCUGCUGGAUAUGGACAUUCAAGAGAAUGAUGAUUCAGAUAACCAAAUCCAUACAGAAGAACACUGGAGUAACACUUCCAACAGUGAAGAUGAUGAACUCAACACUAGGAACCCUACCACAAGCCAAUUGGAUGCGGACAUUUCAGAGAAUGAAGAAGUCCUGUCACAUUCUGAAGAGGACUUGAUUGAUGCCGCCAGUAAUGAAGGUGAAAACCAUGCUGAUGAUGAAGAUGUGACUAGAGAAAAGACACCUGAUUUUCCAUGGGGCAGUGCAGACAAGCCCCUGUAUCCCGGUGCACCUGUUUCAAAGGAAGAAAGUUUGUUGAUGCUGAUGUCGUAUGUGCUGCGGAACAAUUUAACAGGCAAAGCACUUACUCAUUUACUGGAACUCUUCAACCUGAUGUUUCCAGGUCUGAUUCCACCCUCACAUUACCUUUUCAACAAAGAAUUUGGAAGUUCAUCACAGCCUGAAGUUCACUUUUAUUGUGAAAAAUGUUUAGCAUACUUUGGCAUUAGUGCAGACUGUCCCUCUCAUUGUACCCUUUGCAACACAGUAUUUGAUGCCAACACAAGUUUAAAAAAGGGCUUCUACUUUCUUGUAAUUCCCCUUCAUGCACAGAUUAAACAACUUCUGCAGGAACAUGAUGUUAAUCUUACUGAAAAAAGUAGAUCCUUUGAUGUUUUAACCGACAUACAGUCUGGUGGAGAGUAUCAAAAAUUGUGUGACAGUGGAGUUCUUGGAAAAGAUGAUUUGACUCUGAUUUGGAAUUGUGAUGGUGCACCAGUGUUCAAAAGCUCUAAAUGCAGCAUUUGGCCGAUUCAGUGCCAGAUAAUUGAACUGGAACCAGAAAUGAGAAAAAGGCACUUUUUGAUGUCAGCAUUAUGGUUUGGGCCAACUAAACCAUCCAUGUUAACAUUGCUGACACCAUUUGUGAAAGAAGCUUCAUUAUUAGAGACUGAAGGUAUUGACUGGCAAGACAGACAAGGACACAGUCAUAUUUCUAAAGUAUUUGUGCUGAUUUGUAGCUCUGAUUCUGUGGCUCGUCCAUUGCUUCGCAACACUAAACAGUUCAAUGGUUUUUACGGCUGUGAUUUUUGCUUGCACAGAGGUGGUAAAUCGUAUCCAUACGAACAACCUGAACCCCCACGUAGAAAUGAGAGGGACCAUUUCAGUCAUGCAAUGUCAGGUACAACUGAUGAGCCAGUGUUUGGAGUCAAAGGGCCAUCUCCUUUAAUGCAGCUUCAACACUUCCAAAUGAUAAAUGGCUUUGUACCUGAAUUUCAACACAAUGUGUGCCUUGGAGUCACUCGGCAGCUCUCAACACUAUGGUUUGAUACAACAAACAGUGAUUCCCCCUGGUACAUAGGUAAAGAAAUGGCUGAAGUUGAUAGGCGACUUGUAAAAAUCAAACCACCUGUGGAGAUUACUAGGACACCAAGAUCACUGACUGAAAGGAAGUUCUGGAAAGCUUCAGAGUGCCGAGCAUUCCUCCUUUUCUAUUCACUACCUGUAUUGAAAGGCAUACUCCCUGCAAGAUUUUGGAACCAUUUGUUCCUACUGGUGUUUGGCAUAUAUACUUUAUUGCAGGAUACCAUAAAGACCAAAAGCAUCCAGAUGGCAGAGCUUGCUUUUACAAAAAUUGUCAUUGAGUUCCAAAGACUGUAUGGGAAAAACAACAUGACCUUUAAUAUACACUUGCUAACACACAGUGCUCAAAGUGUCAAACACUGGGGGCCAUUAUGGGCUGUAUCAACUUUUUCAUUUGAAUCCAAUAUGGGCACUCUUAAGAAGUAUUUUCAUGGAACACAGUGUGUCCCCUCACAAAUAGUUAGAACAUUUCUGUUGUGGAGAGAAUUGCCACAAAGGGCCAAGAACACUAUCCACCCAGAACAUGAAAAUGUACAAUCUUUUGUUGAAGAACUUUACUUUAAUAAAAGAAAAACAGAAAAUUGUGAAAUACUAAAUGAAAGUGUCAGAGGUUUUGGUCAUCCCCCGAUUCAAGAAAGUAUUAAAAUGUUAUAUAGGCUUGCCCUUGCAAAGUUGUGUGGAAAUCUAAGCAACUGCUUCUGGUCUUACAACCGUUUUUUGGUUGAUGGAGUUCUGUAUCACAGUCAAAACUAUGACAGACUAAAGAAGAGAUACAACAGUGCUGUAUGCUUGAAAGAUGGUACAUUUUGUUUAGUUACUGACUUGGUUGUUUUUAAACAGGUGUGUUCACAUCAAAUUUCUGCAUUCUGUUCGUGUGCUAAACUAUGUUGUGUUUUAGUCAAGGUACUUUCUAAAUCACACAGGCCUGUAUGUAAAGAUUCACAGAUCAAUGUACAAAGUACUUUCAUGUAUCAGGUUAAAAAGACUGAAACUGUUAAUGCUGUCUGGCCUGACAUGAUUAAAACAAAAUGUGUUCUUGUUGAAACAGAUGAUGCUGUGUCCAUAACACCAUUGCCAAACCCUUAUGAAAGGGACUAGAACUUGAUCAAUAAAGUCAAGUCAAAUGUU